UAUGUGCUUUGGCAAUGAUGUAAGAUCUUGUGUGCAUCAAUAUUUGGCUGUGUGUACACUACGAGGACUCACAAGCUUAGCUAUGCUAAGGUCUUUUUUAUUUUUUCAAUCAAAGUCCAUAUUUUUACAUCAGUGCGAACAUGUCAACCACCAAGAAUAACACGACUCACCGUGGGACUGCCCCUGAUUCCCACGACCCCUCCUCCACACACACACACAUACACACGCGCUCAAAGGCACACAGAUCGAGGAGAGGCAGAGCAGCUUUGCACCACUUUUAUAACAACAGUUACUUCCUAGAAUUAAAAAAAAAAAGAGGAGCUUCAGCUGAACAGUAGUGUGGAGCGCGGCAAGAAGCAAGGAAUCGGAAAGAAGGGGAAAAGUCUAUCUGAGCAUGAAAAGCCAAAGGCGGAUGAUAGAGUGGAGAAGUGCAGAAGGCAACUGAUGCUUGUUGAGUGGGGACCAUGAUUCGGACUGAGGAGCAAAACAAGUUUGGAUCAAAAGGAUGACAGCUGCCAGCAGUCCUGUCAGCAGCCCCUUCACUUCCCACUCAUCACCAGCAGCCUGCCUCCCAGCAUGUCACCUGAGAAAAGGCGACGCCACCCAGACCCAACUACACCUGCGUUUGCGCUCGGCCCCGGGCGCGUGGCUUAUGGUAGGCGUGGUGGUGGUGUUGGCGGGGAUGAGCGUGGCCGUGGCCGGGUACGUGUCGGCGGUGCCGAGGCCCACGGGCGGUCGCGGGUCCAGCCACGUGGACAGGAUGAAACUGGCCGGACCGGUGGUCAUGGGCGUCGGCCUGUUCAUCUUCAUCUGUGCCGCAACCCUACUCUACGAGAAUCGGGAUCGGGAGGUCCACAGGCUGGAGAUGUGUGAUGACCUCGAGGACCUGAAGGGAGACCUUGGCUGGGAGGACUCACAAGAAGAACAAGCCAGUUUCAGUAGUCAGGAACAAUGGGAGAUCAGAGAUGGGGAGGAGGGGUGCUUUAGCCUCCCUCUCUCCAACCAGGACUGGAACCCUACUUCUCUUUCUUUGGCUUGCCAAAACAUUGAGGACAUCGACAGAUCACCGCUGCAUCAUUUGGAUUCCGAAGACGGUGCUGAGAGGGAGGUGGAGUCAACACUUCUGGCUGAAAUUCUGCACCACCAGGAGCCAAGUCCACACUCGUCCUCCCCCGGGCCAUCCGUUCCUCACUCCUCCGCCUUCCCAAACAACUCCACUGAGAUUAACUUUCACACAUGGAACUGUCCCGCACUCCUUGAGCCCUGAUUAUUUUCAUGGGGUCAGCAGAAUUGGACGUACUAAACACUAUCUUCCACGAACAGAUGUUUGUCUUGUAAAUGUUUCAAGGCCUCGGAGGGGUGCAGUUGCUAAUGCUGCCUUCCAGAUCGCUGGGAAGUCGGACAGAUCCCACAUGGAACCCGCGAGGUCGGUUCCUAGAGCUUUUCAGACGAAAGUAAACCAAAAAACACGUCUGGCGACCUCCGUACGUGUGUUGUCUGCUAGUAGAAGUAUUUUUAAGUUAGUGGGUAUUCCAAAAACAAACCAUUUCACUUUGACAUGCGGCCUUGUUGAGUUGUUUUUCCAUUCACGCAGUGAACCUGGAACCGUUUAUCUUCACACCACUUUCCGUGCGGAACAAGUUGUGUCAAAUGCUUUACUGCCAAUAAAUUCACAUAACUAUAGGUUUA